AUGAAACAACUAUUCUUCUCGACGAUUUGGCCUUUCCCAAUGGCGUUGCACUGUCUAAAGACGAAGAUUAUCUUGUGGUUUGUGAAACUUGGAAGUGAAUUUAGGUGUAUAAAGCAUUGGUUAAAAGGAAAUAACAAAGGAAAAACGGAUAUUUUCAUUGAGAAUCUCUCGGGAGGACCUGAUAACAUUAAUCUUGCUCCUGAUGGCUCAUUCUGGAUCGCUUUACUUCAGAUGACUUCUGAAAGGAGAGGGUUUGUGCACACCUCUAAGGUGUUCAAGCACUUGUUAGCUUCAUUUCCAAGGCUAAUUAACCUGUUUAAUAGUGCAAUUAAGUCUGCAAUGGUAGUAAAAGUGGACACUGAAGGCAAUAUUAUAAAAGAGUUUGGUGAUAAUGAUGGAAAGAUUAUUACUGGUGUGACUUCAGCUGUUGAGUUUGAAGACCAUCUUUACCUUGGUAGUCUUAAUACUGACUUUGUUGGGAAAUUUCAAUUGCCAAUUGUAGAGAACUAA